CCCCUCCACACACACAGAGAGGAGGAAGCGCUCGGCCCAGCAGCUUGAUUGACAGGCGCGCCGGGACCAGCACGCACGCGGGGGGAGGGGAGAGCCGGUUACCAGGGCAACCCGCCGCCCGAGCGCGCCGCCGCCGAGCUCGCUGAGACCGCUUCCCCCUCCACACACACAGAGAGGAGGAAGCGCUCGGCCCAGCCGCUUGAUUGACAGGCGCGCCGGGACCAGCACGCACGCGGGGGGAGGGGAGAGCCGGUUACCAGGGCAACCCGCCGCCCGAGCGCGCCGCCGCCGCCGCCGAGCUCGCUGAGACCGCUUCCCCCUCCACACACACAGAGAGGAGGAAGCGCUCGGCCCAGCCGCUUGAUUGACAGGCGCGCCGGGACCAGCACGCACGCGGGGGGAGGGGAGAGCCGGUUACCAGGGCAACCCGCCGCCCGAGCGCGCCGCCGCCGCCGCCGAGCUCGCUGAGACCGCUUCCCCCUCCACACACACAGAGAGGAGGAAGCGCUCGGCCCAGCCGCUUGAUUGACAGGCGCGCCGGGACCAGCACGCACGCGGGGGGAGGGGAGAGCCGGUUACCAGGGCAACCCGCCGCCCGAGCGCGCCGCCGCCGCCGCCGAGCUCGCUGAGACCGCUUCCCCCUCCACACACACAGAGAGGAGGAAGCGCUCGGCCCAGCAGCUUGAUUGACAGGCGCGCCGGGACCAGCACGCACGCGGGGGGAGGGGAGAGCCGGUUACCAGGGCAACCCGCCGCCCGAGCGCGCCGCCGCCGAGCUCGCUGAGACCGCUUCCCCCUCCACACACACAGAGAGGAGGAAGCGCUCGGCCCAGCCGCUUGAUUGACAGGCGCGCCGGGACCAGCACGCACGCGGGGGGAGGGGAGAGCCGGUUACCAGGGCAACCCGCCGCCCGAGCGCGCCGCCGCCGCCGCCGAGCUCGCUGAGACCGCUUCCCCCUCCACACACACAGAGAGGAGGAAGCGCUCGGCCCAGCCGCUUGAUUGACAGGCGCGCCGGGACCAGCACGCACGCGGGGGGAGGGGAGAGCCGGUUACCAGGGCAACCCGCCGCCCGAGCGCGCCGCCGCCGCCGCCGAGCUCGCUGAGACCGCUUCCCCCUCCACACACACAGAGAGGAGGAAGCGCUCGGCCCAGCCGCUUGAUUGACAGGCGCGCCGGGACCAGCACGCACGCGGGGGGAGGGGAGAGCCGGUUACCAGGGCAACCCGCCGCCCGAGCGCGCCGCCGCCGCCGCCGAGCUCGCUGAGACCGCUUCCCCCUCCACACACACAGAGAGGAGGAAGCGCUCGGCCCAGCCGCUUGAUUGACAGGCGCGCCGGGACCAGCACGCACGCGGGGGGAGGGGAGAGCCGGUUACCAGGGCAACCCGCCGCCCGAGCGCGCCGCCCGCGCCCGCGCCCGAUCCAGCCGUCGUCUCGCCGGGCCGGGCCGCCCUGAAGGCAAGGGAGCGCUCGCUCGCGUUACACCCUACCCCCUUCACUCCUCCAAUUGCCCUCGUCCCGCUGCGAGAAUUUUUUUUUUAAAAAGGGAAUGAUUUUCUACAGACGUUUUCAGAAAAUAAAUAAACCGCAGUGGGUCAGAGGCGUUUUUAUAUUUUUUUUAAAAAGCGGUCACGUGGGCGGUUUCGGCACGGCGACGAGAUUCGUGCGUCACGUCCGGGGACCGCUGCCGUUCCCCACCCCCGCUUCCGGAAGUGAGUUUUCACAAAGCGCGGGAUUCCGAGAAUUGCCUCCCAUCCCGAAGCCUGCAGAGUUCUGUCACCCUUACAAAGUAAAUCCGCAUCAAGCCGUUUAAAAAUAUGUAUGUUUCCUUCAAUCGAUUACAAAUGGUAGUAAAUGGGAACAGCGAAGAUUAAAAAUACACUUCAAUUGAUUUAUCCGGAAGAGUUGCUUCACUCAGGAAGAAAAGUCUGGAGAAAUUGCUCAUAGAUUCACUCGAGAAACUAAAGUAAUAGAGAACAUUUGAAGCAGUUUGAUGUCUGAUAGAUGGAUGGAAAGUCAUUUAUUUAUCUAAAGAUACAGCCCGGAACAGACCCAAUGAGCCACACUGCCCAAGAACCCACUUGCUUAACCCUAGAGUCUAGGGUCGGCAACCUGCGGCUCCCGAGCCAUUUGUGGCUCUUUCACCUCUGUGCUGCGGCUCCCUGUGGCUUUGGGAAAUAAUUGGUCAGUAUUUAAUUAAAAUGUAUUUUAUGUUAGUUUGUUAGCUUUUGAAAUUAAUUCUAAAUUUGAAGAUUAUGGUGAUCUUGUACAAUCUAAGUGUGGCGACACAUUUCCUCACAAUUAGCCAGCAUUCCGGCUAAGGGAGAUAGCCUACGGGGGUUUGUGAGUACACGUCUUUUGCAGCAUCUGCGUCCAUGGGGGCUGGGUUGAGGAAGGCUUAAAAGCAAGGCUGUUUAGUUCGAAUAAAGUUAUUCGACUGCAGUUUACUGACUGCGUGAGCACACCGCUACAACGUGUUUUUAUCGCUAUUAAUAUACGUCACCACUGCCAAUACCUGACACCCGCCAGUGCGCGAUUUCUUUAAUUUUUCGAUCCAAGGUAAGCCAACUAUGGAGAAUUCUAAAAAAAGAAAAGUGACUGAAGAAAACAGAACGUUUAAUGAUACGUGGACAGAUUCAUUUGCUUUCACUGUUGACGAGACUGGUUUACCGGUAUGCUUAAUAUGCAAUGAGAAACUAGCAAACAACAAAAAGUCAAAUGUCGCAAAGCAUUUCCAGAAUAAACACGCAGCCUUUGCUCAAAAAUAUCCGGAUGGAGAUGAGAGAAAAAAAGCCGUUUCGGAACUGAUGCGGAAGGUUGAUCUGAGCAAAAAUCAUUUCCAGAAAUGGAUGAAGUCUGGAAAAUCAAUGACAUACGCCAGUUAUAUUGCCGCUCAGGAAAUAGUCAGGCACGGGAAGCAGUUUACAGAUGGUGAAUAUAUAAAAGAAUCUUUCAUUAAGAUUUCAGAACAUCUAUUCACGGACUUUAAAAACAAGAGUGAAAUUGUGCAGAAAAUCAGGGAUAUGCCCCUCUCUGCAAAGACUGUCAAAGACAGAACCAUAAAAAUGGCAGAAGACAUCACAAGACAGCAAAUUAAAGACAUCAAUUCAGCUGUGGCCUACUCGAUUGCCUGUGACGAGUCUAAAGACAAAGGUGAUAUUGAACAAAUAGCGUUGUUCUGCCGGUAUGUAAACUCUGCUGGGCCACAGGAAGAACUGAUUGAGUUGAUACCUCUAAAAGACCAAACACGGGGGGAGGACAUCUGUGAGGCUGUCUUGAAUUGUUUAAGAGCCAAAGGAAUAAAGACCACCCAUCUGGUGUCAGUAGCUACUGAUGGGGCACCGAAUAUGACGGGAACGCACAAGGGAUUUGUGGCUUUACUGCAGAAGUCGCUGGACAGAAAGCUGCUGACUUUUCACUGCAUCUUGCACCAAGAGGCACUGUGCGCUCAAACAUUUCCUCCGGAAUGCACAGAAGUAAUGGAUGUUGUCAUUCAGAUUGUCAAUAAAAUAAUGGCAAAAAGUUUAAAUCACCGUCAAUUCCGUUUGUUACUGGACGAGCUGGAAAGCGCAUAUUCUGAUCUCCUGCUGCACAACAAAGUCCGGUGGCUGUCCAAAGGGGAGGUGCUGAAACGCUUUGUCGCGUGUCUGGAAGAAGUGAAAACUUUCCUGGGCAGCAAAGGGCUCACCUUUCCUGAGCUGGAACAGCCAGAGUGGCUGGAAAAGCUACACUUCAUGGUAGACAUGACAGCGCACCUGAACACGCUGAACACAGCUCUUCAGGGGAAAGGACGCACAGCCCUACACAUGUUGGAGGAUGUCUUGGCAUUCGAGCGCAAGUUGACAGUGCUUGCCAGAGAUUUACAGAAAGGCACUUUGUCUCACUUCCCCAAUUUGAGAGAGUUCAAACAAGGUCAUGACAUGAUAAUUUCGGAGUAUUUACAUUCUGCAAUCAUCGCAAUGCAAACAUCGUUUGGGAAACGCUUCUGUGAGUUCAGAGAGGAAAAAAACACAUUAUCCUUCCCGGUCACUCCCUUAAGCAUCGAUCCUUCCCUACUGAAUACGACUGCAUUGGCAGGUGUGAGUCAACCUGAUCUUGAGAUGGAACUGGCCGACAUAGCCGACAAAGACAUAUGGGUGUCCAAGUUUAGACGCUUGACAGCAGACCUUGAAGAUGUUGCCCGUCAGAAGGCCGUUCUUGCUCAGAAUCACAAAUGGAGUGAUAUUGAAAACCUUCCAAAACCGGACAAACUUGUGUUCGAAACAUGGAAUGCUAUGCCCGACAUUUAUGUAAACAUGAAAAAGUAUGCGCUUGGAGUCCUGUCGAUCUUUGGAUCCACAUAUGUAUGUGAGCAGGUGUUCUCCAACAUGAACUUUAUUAAAAACAAACAUCGCGCACGCCUCACAGAUGACAGCUUGCGAUCCUGUGUAAAGAUGAAGGUGACGUCAUACAGUCCUGAUGUGCAGACACUGUGCGCUGAGGUCCAGGAGCAGAAAUCCCAUUAACCAAGCUGACAGCUGGCUGAUGUUAUUUUUGGUUUGCUGCUGGCGGAAAAUUUAAGUUCGGCGUUUUUCAUAAAUACAAGAAGGACUCAAAUAGACAUUGAGUAUUUUACUUAAAAGUAACUUUCAACCCAACGUCUUUUUUUCGGAGUUCAAAAUGUUUUUGUUGCAUGCAGAAAUGUAAUUUCGUUUUCUCUGCAGGAGUUCAUCAAUUUCAUAAAUGCAACACAUUAUAGUUUGUUUAUACAUAGCAUAAAGGCAAAAAAAACGUUGUAUGCAGUGUUAUUUCAUUUUAAAUGUCAAACGGGUUUUGCAGCUCCCAGUGUUUUCUUUUCUGUGGGAAACGGGUCCAAGUGGCUCUUUCAGUGGUAAAGGUUGCUGACCCCUGCCCUAGACUAAGCACAGGACGAAAUCUUUACAUUGUGGGGGGAAAUCCACACGGUCACGGAAAGGACAUAAGAGACGGUACAGAAGUUAAACUCUGACUCCCCAGGAUGUAAUAGCAUAGUGCUUCCAUGUAUAAUAUAUACAUUCUGUGUAUAUGUACAGUGCCUAUGAAAACUAUUCAUCCCUCUUGUCAGUUUUCAUAUUUUAUUGUUUUACAACAUUGAAUCACAGUGGAUUUAAUUUUGCUUUCUUGGCACCAAUCAACAGAAAGAGACUAGUAUAAAAGUGAAAGUAGAUCUCUACAAAGUGAUCUAAAUUAAUUACAAAUAUAAAUAAAAAAUAACUGAUUGCAUAACUAUUCACCCCUUUCAAGUCAGUAUUUAGCAGAUUCACCUUUGGCAGCAAUUACAACCUUGAGUCUGUCUGGAUCAGUCUCUCUGGGCACUCCAAUUUUUCCCCCAUUCUUUACAAAAGUGCUUAAACUCAAAUUGCAUGGGGAUAUUGAUGCAGUUAUAAAGAAAGCAAGACAGCAGCUAUACCUUAUUAGGAGUUUGAAGAGAUUUAGUAUGUUAACAAAUACACUCAAGAACUUAUAUAGAUGUACUGUGGAGAGUAUUCUGACAGGCUGCAUCUCAUUCUGGUCCUAAGCUACUGCAUAGGACCAACAGAAGCUGCGGAGGGUUGUAAAUCUAGUCAGCUCCAUCUUGGGUACUGGCCUACAAAGUACCCAAGACAUCUUCAGGGAGCGGUGUCUCAGUAAGGCAGUGUCCAUUAUUAAGGACCUCCAGCACCCAGGGCAUGCCCUUUUCUCACUUACCAUCAGGUAGGAGGUACAGAAGCCUGAAGGCACACACUCAGCGAUUCAGGAACAGCUGCUUCCCCUCUGCCAUCCAAUUCGUGAAUGGACGUUGAACCCUUGGACACUACUUCACUUUUUUAAUAUACAGUAUUUCUGUUUUUUUGCAUGAUUUUUAAUCUAUUCAAUAUACAUGUACUGUAUAAAGCAUACAGAAUCAGAUUUACUUAUUUAUUGUUAUUAUUUUUUUAGAUUAUGUAUUGCUUUGAAGUGCAGCUCAGUUAACAAAUUUCACAUCACAUGCCAGUGAUAAUAAACCUGAUUCUGAUCGUGAGUGAACAGCCCUUUUCAAGCCCAACCACAAAUUCUCAGUUGGAUUGAGGUCUGGACUCUGACUUGGCCUCUCCAGAACAUUAAUUUUGUUGUUUUUAAGCCUUUCCUGAGUCAUCUGUGAGGCUGUCUUGAAUUGUUUAAGAGCCAAAGGAAUAAAGACCACCCAUCUGGUGUCAGUAGCUACUGAUGGGGCACCGAAUAUGACGGGAACGCGCAAGGGAUUUGUGGCUUUACUGCAGAAGUCGCUGGACAGAAAGCUGCUGACUUUUCACUGCAUCUUGCACCAAGAGGCACUGUGCGCUCAAACAUUUCCUCCGGAAUGCACAGAAGUAAUGGAUGUUGUCAUUCAGAUUGUCAAUAAAAUAAUGGCAAAAAGUUUAAAUCACCGUCAAUUCCGUUUGUUACUGGACGAGCUGGAAAGCGCAUAUUCUGAUCUCCUGCUGCACAACAAAGUCCGGUGGCUGUCCAAAGGGGAGGUGCUGAAACGCUUUGUCGCGUGUCUGGAAGAAGUGAAAACUUUCCUGGGCAGCAAAGGGCUCACCUUUCCUGAGCUGGAACAGCCAGAGUGGCUGGAAAAGCUACACUUCAUGGUAGACAUGACAGCGCACCUGAACACGCUGAACACAGCUCUUCAGGGGAAAGGACGCACAGCCCUACACAUGUUGGAGGAUGUCUUGGCAUUCGAGCGCAAGUUGACAGUGCUUGCCAGAGAUUUACAGAAAGGCACUUUGUCUCACUUCCCCAAUUUGAGAGAGUUCAAACAAGGUCAUGACAUGAUAAUUUCGGAGUAUUUACAUUCUGCAAUCAUCGCAAUGCAAACAUCGUUUGGGAAACGCUUCUGUGAGUUCAGAGAGGAAAAAAACACAUUAUCCUUCCCGGUCACUCCCUUAAGCAUCGAUCCUUCCCUACUGAAUACGACUGCAUUGGCAGGUGUGAGUCAACCUGAUCUUGAGAUGGAACUGGCCGACAUAGCCGACAAAGACAUAUGGGUGUCCAAGUUUAGACGCUUGACAGCAGACCUUGAAGAUGUUGCCCGUCAGAAGGCCGUUCUUGCUCAGAAUCACAAAUGGAGUGAUAUUGAAAACCUUCCAAAACCGGACAAACUUGUGUUCGAAACAUGGAAUGCUAUGCCCGACAUUUAUGUAAACAUGAAAAAGUAUGCGCUUGGAGUCCUGUCGAUCUUUGGAUCCACAUAUGUAUGUGAGCAGGUGUUCUCCAACAUGAACUUUAUUAAAAACAAACAUCGCGCACGCCUCACAGAUGACAGCUUGCGAUCCUGUGUAAAGAUGAAGGUGACGUCAUACAGUCCUGAUGUGCAGACACUGUGCGCUGAGGUCCAGGAGCAGAAAUCCCAUUAACCAAGCUGACAGCUGGCUGAUGUUAUUUUUGGUUUGCUGCUGGCGGAAAAUUUAAGUUCGGCGUUUUUCAUAAAUACAAGAAGGACUCAAAUAGACAUUGAGUAUUUUACUUAAAAGUAACUUUCAACCCAACGUCUUUUUUUCGGAGUUCAAAAUGUUUUUGUUGCAUGCAGAAAUGUAAUUUCGUUUUCUCUGCAGGAGUUCAUCAAUUUCAUAAAUGCAACACAUUAUAGUUUGUUUAUACAUAGCAUAAAGGCAAAAAAAACGUUGUAUGCAGUGUUAUUUCAUUUUAAAUGUCAAACGGGUUUUGCAGCUCCCAGUGUUUUCUUUUCUGUGGGAAACGGGUCCAAGUGGCUCUUUCAGUGGUAAAGGUUGCUGACCCCUGCCCUAGACUAAGCACAGGACGAAAUCUUUACAUUGUGGGGGGAAAUCCACACGGUCACGGAAAGGACAUAAGAGACGGUACAGAAGUUAAACUCUGACUCCCCAGGAUGUAAUAGCAUAGUGCUUCCAUGUAUAAUAUAUACAUUCUGUGUAUAUGUACAGUGCCUAUGAAAACUAUUCAUCCCUCUUGUCAGUUUUCAUAUUUUAUUGUUUUACAACAUUGAAUCACAGUGGAUUUAAUUUUGCUUUCUUGGCACCAAUCAACAGAAAGAGACUAGUAUAAAAGUGAAAGUAGAUCUCUACAAAGUGAUCUAAAUUAAUUACAAAUAUAAAUAAAAAAUAACUGAUUGCAUAACUAUUCACCCCUUUCAAGUCAGUAUUUAGCAGAUUCACCUUUGGCAGCAAUUACAACCUUGAGUCUGUCUGGAUCAGUCUCUCUGGGCACUCCAAUUUUUCCCCCAUUCUUUACAAAAGUGCUUAAACUCAAAUUGCAUGGGGAUAUUGAUGCAGUUAUAAAGAAAGCAAGACAGCAGCUAUACCUUAUUAGGAGUUUGAAGAGAUUUAGUAUGUUAACAAAUACACUCAAGAACUUAUAUAGAUGUACUGUGGAGAGUAUUCUGACAGGCUGCAUCUCAUUCUGGUCCUAAGCUACUGCAUAGGACCAACAGAAGCUGCGGAGGGUUGUAAAUCUAGUCAGCUCCAUCUUGGGUACUGGCCUACAAAGUACCCAAGACAUCUUCAGGGAGCGGUGUCUCAGUAAGGCAGUGUCCAUUAUUAAGGACCUCCAGCACCCAGGGCAUGCCCUUUUCUCACUUACCAUCAGGUAGGAGGUACAGAAGCCUGAAGGCACACACUCAGCGAUUCAGGAACAGCUGCUUCCCCUCUGCCAUCCAAUUCGUGAAUGGACGUUGAACCCUUGGACACUACUUCACUUUUUUAAUAUACAGUAUUUCUGUUUUUUUGCAUGAUUUUUAAUCUAUUCAAUAUACAUGUACUGUAUAAAGCAUACAGAAUCAGAUUUACUUAUUUAUUGUUAUUAUUUUUUUAGAUUAUGUAUUGCUUUGAAGUGCAGCUCAGUUAACAAAUUUCACAUCACAUGCCAGUGAUAAUAAACCUGAUUCUGAUCGUGAGUGAACAGCCCUUUUCAAGCCCAACCACAAAUUCUCAGUUGGAUUGAGGUCUGGACUCUGACUUGGCCUCUCCAGAACAUUAAUUUUGUUGUUUUUAAGCCUUUCCUGAGUCAUCUGUGAGGCUGUCUUGAAUUGUUUAAGAGCCAAAGGAAUAAAGACCACCCAUCUGGUGUCAGUAGCUACUGAUGGGGCACCGAAUAUGACGGGAACGCGCAAGGGAUUUGUGGCUUUACUGCAGAAGUCGCUGGACAGAAAGCUGCUGACUUUUCACUGCAUCUUGCACCAAGAGGCACUGUGCGCUCAAACAUUUCCUCCGGAAUGCACAGAAGUAAUGGAUGUUGUCAUUCAGAUUGUCAAUAAAAUAAUGGCAAAAAGUUUAAAUCACCGUCAAUUCCGUUUGUUACUGGACGAGCUGGAAAGCGCAUAUUCUGAUCUCCUGCUGCACAACAAAGUCCGGUGGCUGUCCAAAGGGGAGGUGCUGAAACGCUUUGUCGCGUGUCUGGAAGAAGUGAAAACUUUCCUGGGCAGCAAAGGGCUCACCUUUCCUGAGCUGGAACAGCCAGAGUGGCUGGAAAAGCUACACUUCAUGGUAGACAUGACAGCGCACCUGAACACGCUGAACACAGCUCUUCAGGGGAAAGGACGCACAGCCCUACACAUGUUGGAGGAUGUCUUGGCAUUCGAGCGCAAGUUGACAGUGCUUGCCAGAGAUUUACAGAAAGGCACUUUGUCUCACUUCCCCAAUUUGAGAGAGUUCAAACAAGGUCAUGACAUGAUAAUUUCGGAGUAUUUACAUUCUGCAAUCAUCGCAAUGCAAACAUCGUUUGGGAAACGCUUCUGUGAGUUCAGAGAGGAAAAAAACACAUUAUCCUUCCCGGUCACUCCCUUAAGCAUCGAUCCUUCCCUACUGAAUACGACUGCAUUGGCAGGUGUGAGUCAACCUGAUCUUGAGAUGGAACUGGCCGACAUAGCCGACAAAGACAUAUGGGUGUCCAAGUUUAGACGCUUGACAGCAGACCUUGAAGAUGUUGCCCGUCAGAAGGCCGUUCUUGCUCAGAAUCACAAAUGGAGUGAUAUUGAAAACCUUCCAAAACCGGACAAACUUGUGUUCGAAACAUGGAAUGCUAUGCCCGACAUUUAUGUAAACAUGAAAAAGUAUGCGCUUGGAGUCCUGUCGAUCUUUGGAUCCACAUAUGUAUGUGAGCAGGUGUUCUCCAACAUGAACUUUAUUAAAAACAAACAUCGCGCACGCCUCACAGAUGACAGCUUGCGAUCCUGUGUAAAGAUGAAGGUGACGUCAUACAGUCCUGAUGUGCAGACACUGUGCGCUGAGGUCCAGGAGCAGAAAUCCCAUUAACCAAGCUGACAGCUGGCUGAUGUUAUUUUUGGUUUGCUGCUGGCGGAAAAUUUAAGUUCGGCGUUUUUCAUAAAUACAAGAAGGACUCAAAUAGACAUUGAGUAUUUUACUUAAAAGUAACUUUCAACCCAAC